CAGAUACACCCAAUCUCCCCAUUUCGCCACCACCGGCCGAAGCCAAAACAACGUCGUCGUCGCUCCACUGCUCACUCUCCAUCACACGACCAUGCGCAGACUCGAGUUGCUGUCCCUCCUAGGCCUCGCCGUUGCUGGAGGCGCAGCCUCGCCACUCCCGCCACCCCGCCCGCCGACGAGCCCGCUGCCCAACCUGCCCGGCACCUUCGUGCGGUGGGACGAGAUGGACCGGUGCCCCCCACUCGCGCCGCGGGCGACGCCGCGCUCCGCAGACGAAGUCCGCCCAGACGACUUCACCGUGCUCAUGGCGCUCGGGGACUCGAUCACGGCCGGCUUCCUCGCGCGCUCGGGUGGCAACGAGGGCGGCAACGACCGGCAACACACCUUCCACACACCGCUCGUGGCGGAAGAGUAUCGCGGCGUGUCGUACGCGAUCGGCGGGGACCCCGGCGCACUCACCCUCCCUUUCCUCUUCAGCCAGUACGCCAACACGAGCGGCGCGAGCACGGGGCACCACCCCCCGCUGGCGUGUCUCGCCGGCGUGGGGCAGUGCUCCCGCCACCCGGAGGGCGACGCGCUCAACGCUGCCGUGUCGGGGAGCAUCGCGGCCAACCUCGAGUCGCAGGCGAGAGAAUACCUCGUGCCGGCGUAUGAGGGCCUCCGGGCCGACACCGGCGACGAUGACGACGACGGCUGGGCGUUCCUCAACGUCGGGAUCGGCGCGAAUGAUAUCUGCGCCUUCUGCCUGUCUUCCGGCGUGUUUGGCCCCGGCACGCCCCAAGAGUUUGCCCAGGGUAUCCGCGACGCCGUGCAGCUCGUGCGCAACCACGUCCCCCGGCUCAUCGUCAACAUCAUGGGCGUCCUUCGCGUGUCGGCAAUCUACAAGCUGACAGUCGACAACCCCUACUGCGCCGGCCCAUUCCGUCCCCCGCACCUCCCCAACCUGCCCCUCGAGUGCUCGUGCGCCAUGCUCCCCGGCCCGCUGGGCGACUACACCCGCUCGCGCAUGGACGACCUGAGCGACCGGUACGACGCGGCCGUGCUCGCGCUCAUUGAUGAGUGGCGCACCGAGGACGACCCGAGCUUUGCGGUCGUGUGGCAGCCCGGCCAGGCUAUCGAACUCGCACAUUACCCCAUCACGGCGGUGUCGGACGUUGACUGCUUCCACCCCUCCGAGGCGGCACACCGCCGUCUCGCGGCCGGCGUGUGGAACCGCCUGACUAUGGGCUUGGCCGACAAGGCCAUCCCCAUCACCUGGACCGAGGACAUCUACGUCCGCUGCCUCGAGGACGGCGACCGUGUUGUGAGGUAGUGCCCUUGGCCGUUCUGUACACUAGUCUCGUUGUGUUCCCGCCGUGUUGUAAGCAUAUAGUAUGUCUGUGCCACCAAUGC